GUCCUGCAAGGAGCACAUCCACAGGUACAUCAGCUGUCUGCCUGCUGCAGAGAUGGUGCAAGCAACUGCCUUUCUCCUGGUGCUCAGCCUGGCCCUGGGGGCUCACAGCCUCUCUCCAAGAAAGUGCAACCUGAUUGGGAACUGGGUCAAUGACCUGGGCUCCAAAAUGGAAAUCUUCGCUGUGGAUGGAGAUGGUGGCUUCUCCGGCUCCUACCUCACGGCUGUGACAGCCUCCAUGAACGAGAUCAAGGAGUCACCACUGCAAGGGUCUCUGCAACGCAAAAACCAGAAAGGCCAGCCCACCUUUGGCUUCACUGUCAACUGGACCUUUUCAGACUCCAUCACCGUUUUCACGGGACAAUGCUUCUUGGACAAGGAUGGAAAGGAGGUUUUGAAGACCAUGUGGCUUCUGCGGUCACGCGUGGAUGACAUUGAAGAUGACUGGAAAGCCACCAGGGUCGGCAUCAACAUCUUCACCCGUGUGCGGUCGCAGAGGGAGUGAGGAGGGCAGCAGGGGGGCUCCCAGGCUGGCAGCAGCACCCGGGGGGGCAGCCCUCACCCCUGCCCCACCACUUCUUUCUCCCAGUAAACCCUUGUUGCAAAUAUCCACUGUCUCCUGUAAUGAUGUUGAAAAACGUGGAAAAUAUAAAAAAUAUUCCUAAGAAAGUAUGUUCUUUGUUUGAUCUUUGUAUGCUUUCAAGCCUAAUCAACAAGAAAGGAAAUUUAAUCCAUGAAACACAUAAGCAGCUAACAAGCUCUAAGUGAUAUCCAGGUGUUAGAGAUACAAAUUACUUCUUGGUAGAAUUGUCUCCUUACGGUUUAAGGCUGGCCAUGCUUCAGCGAUCUCAGACCUAGGGGGAGUUAAAAAUCUUUGGAAGAAGGAUGUACUAUUGAUAGUGAAAAAAGUACAGAAUUUACAAGGACGUUUGACAGAACCCUCGAGAUAAGGAAGAAACUAAUAUGGAUAAUGCAGCAACUGUGCUGAAUCAACUCCAACUGGGUAGAAAGUAAUUCUGGCAGGGGGACAUCAGGCGACCACUGACUUGUUACCCACUGAGUCUAGAAACCCACUGACUCAAAAGAGGAGAAAGACUGAGCCUGCAGACUAGUUAGCAUGAGAAAUCAGGGAGUCACUAAUCAAUAGCACACAGAAUACUAAUUACUGGAUGAACCAUGUACCUUGUAGCA